CUGCUAUUUUCGAUCGUUUGGAGCUUGAUUGACUUAAAUGGGCUCAUUCGGGUCUGUUAUGAGAAAGCCCAACCAAGAAAGUUUAUGGGUCAAAGAGAAAAGCCUCUAGACGAAAGAGAGGAUCUCAGCUUCUGUUGAAAUGAAUAUAACCUAGAAAUUGAUUUUGAUCGGAAGAAGAAGAAAGAAGAUAGAAUCAGAGAUUUGUAGAUUUUAUCGAUCGAAGAUGAAUACUGACAUCACUGCCUUGGAGAAGGCACAAUACCCAGUGGUUGAUCGGAAUCCUGCUUUUACUAAAGUCGUCGGCAAUUUCAGCACUCUCGAUUACCUCCGUUUCUCUACUAUCACCGGCAUCUCCGUCACCGUCGGCUAUCUCUCUGGGAUUAAGCCUGGGAUUAAGGGACCGUCGAUGGUUACUGGAGGAUUGAUCGGGCUCAUGGGAGGUUUCAUGUAUGCGUACCAGAACUCUGCCGGUAGACUCAUGGGGUUUUUCCCUAAUGAUGGUGAAGUUGCUAGUUACCAGAAGCGUGGUGGUUUCUCCAAAUGAAUGACUUUAGUGUUUUAUUUUCUGGAUCUGGCUUCAUUUUGGAAUUUGAAACCCUCUCUUUUUCUCUGUAAUUUGAUUGCAUUUCUCUGCUGUUUGAGGAUAAUAUGUGCCUCUGUUUGUCUGUUAUGACUUGAUGGUGAUGAUCAAUAAGAUUUGAGACAAGGAAUUGUGGUGAUAGAUUUUUGUGAUUGUGAGUGAGUGAUGUUGCAAUAAGGAAUCUUUAGUGCUGCAAUUAGACCAGUCUGAUAGGUUUCUUUGUUGUAUAUGUAUUGGUUUGUAGAUAGAUGAACCUAGGAGCAGCUGCAUUCGAAUCCCUCAGAGACACCUUGUCCUAUAAAAUGUUAUUGGUGCUCCUUGUCU